CCAACAGUGCAUGGCGAGCUGUUGUCACUGACACUCGCCCUGGAAGACGUGCUGGAAAUUGGAGACUCGCGUGAAGCUUUGGCUGGCCAGCAGUUGCCGGUAGAAGAAUAUGAGAAUCUGCACUAUCUCCUGGGCAAGCGGUAUCGUGAUAAACGAAAGGCCGCAGCGGACGCCCCCGCCGAAGAGGUUGUCGAAACGAAGCUUAGCGUCACGGAAACCCCAAUAGUGGCCUAUGCAUUGAUCAAGAAGUUUCUCAUUCUGAGAAAACGCGUGGAACUGAUAAAACGCGAAUGGGGCAAGCGGCGACUUGGUAUUGAGGGCAUUGAUACGGCUGCCAAUUACAAGUAUUUCGUGUAA